CAGAAAGCACACCAGGCGUGUCCUCCUCGGUGGGCGUGCGAGUCAAUGGGGAUUGUGGCUCGCCUCGGAAGGCUCGAGCAGAAGCUGGGUGGGUGCGCGCGGAGCUGAGCCGACUCGCCUUCUCGGUCUGCCUCUGCUUUGAGCAGAGAAUGGAAGGCGCGAGGGGAAGGCUGCCAGUAUCCUCCUCCUCUGUGCACGCAGCGCGCGCCUAAGGCUGCAUGGCCGCAGCCUGGAGGCUUGGCGGGUCCCUCAGCGGCUACCGACUGGCGUCGGCGACCUUGGCUUGUGUGCGGGCGUGCCUUGCCUCUAGCUGGGAGAUGCUGAGCUGAGGCUCCGGCGGUUUGCGCGUUGGUGACUGGAAGAGGGUAAGCGGCGGCUCUCCCCUGACGGACACGCAGCCCUGGGCACAGGCUCGGCACUGCUGCUCUGUGGAGGAAGGGGCUCGGAGCUGCUGAGGGACCGCAGUCUGCCGCCCUGCUUUUGGCGGGAUGCUAGGCUAGCUCUUGGCUCCGGGGCGGGUGGGGGGCGAGGUGGAUUGGAAAGGGCUGGCUCGGACUCGGCUUGGCGCACCAGCUUCUCAAUGGCCAGCCCGCGGCGGAGUAUCGAGUUGGAGCAUUUCGAGGAGAGGGACAAAAGGCAGCAGCGCUCCAGCUCCCGCCGGGGAGGGGGCAGCUCCACUUGCAGCAGCAGCUCGGGGCCCAAAGGCAACGGGCUCAUCCCCAGCCCCGCGCACAGCGCCCACUGCAGCUUCUACCGCACGCGCACCCUGCAGGCCCUCAGCUCCGAGAAGAAGGCGAAGAAGGCGCGCUUCUACCGCAAUGGGGACAAGUACUUCAAGGGCUUGGUCUAUCCCAUCUCCAGCGAUCGCUUCCGCUCCUUCGACGCCCUCCUCAUCGAGCUCACCAGGUCCCUCUCGGACAACGUCAACCUGCCCCAGGGAGUCCGCUCCAUCUACACCAUCGACGGCAGUCGGAAGCUGACCAGCCUGGAGGAACUGGUGGACGGUGAAAGUUAUGUAUGUGCAUCCAAUGAAACAUUUCGGAAAGUUGAUUACACAAAGAAUGUUAAUCCAAACUGGUCAGUCAACAUAAAAUCUGGGUCAUCUCGAUCCCUCACAUCUUUGACAUCUGCAAGAAGUGAACUAAAAGAGAGUAAAGACUUCAUUAAGCCCAAAUUAGUAACCGUUAUACGGAGUGGAGUGAAGCCUCGGAAAGCUGUAAGAAUUUUGCUGAAUAAAAAGACUGCUCAUUCCUUUGACCAAGUAUUGACUGAUAUAACAGAAGCUAUUAAGUUAGAUUCAGGAAUUGUCAAGAGAAUUUGCACACUGGAUGGUAAGCAGGUUACCUGCUUGCAAGACUUUUUUGGUGAAGAUGAUGUUUUCAUUGCUUGUGGACCUGAAAAAUAUCGUUAUGCUCAAGAUGAUUUUGUUCUGGAUCACAGUGAAUGUCGUGUUAUGAAAUCAUCUUACUCCCGCUCAUCAGGCACUCCAAGGUAUUCUGGAUCUAAAAGCCCAGGUCCUUCACGUAGAAGCAAGUCGCCUGCCUCAGUAAAGAGGGGUGGCUACUACUCCAGUACUUACUCUUCAGCAAAAUCCCCAGUCAAUGGAACCCCCAGCAGCCAACUUUCUACUCCUAAAUCUACUAAAUCUUCUAGCUCUUCACCAACAAGUCCUGGGAGUUUUCGAGGACUUAAGAUUCCACCACACUGUGAAUCUUCUAAUGUUAAUGGUAUGCCUGAACUAUCUCCUUGCCUGAGUCCUGAAGGUGUGAAUGGAAACAAAUGCUCAGGGACAUCAACAAUUCUUGAGAAAUACAAAGUGGGGAAGGUGAUUGGUGAUGGCAAUUUUGCAGUGGUUAAGGAAUGCAUAGAAAGGACCACUGGAAAGGAGUUUGCUUUGAAGAUUAUAGACAAAGGAAAAUGCUGUGGAAAGGAACAUUUGAUUGAGAAUGAAGUAUCAAUACUACGGCGAGUGAAGCACCCUAAUAUCAUCAUGUUAAUAGAGGAGAUGGAUACCACAACAGAGCUUUAUCUGGUGAUGGAAUUAGUCAAGGGAGGAGACCUUUUUGAUGCUAUCACUUCCUCCACAAAAUACACAGAACGUGAUGGAAGUGCAAUGGUCUACAAUCUAGCCAGUGCGUUGAAAUACCUCCAUGGUCUCAAUAUCGUACACAGAGAUAUCAAGCCAGAGAAUCUUCUAGUCUGUGAGUAUUCUGAUGGAACUAAGUCCUUGAAGUUGGGAGAUUUUGGACUAGCCACAGUGGUUGAAGGACCACUGUAUACAGUCUGUGGCACACCAACUUAUGUGGCUCCAGAAAUUAUUGCAGAGACUGGUUAUGGCUUAAAGGUGGACAUUUGGGCUGCAGGGGUCAUAACUUAUAUAUUGCUAUGUGGGUUUCCACCAUUUCGUAGUGAGAACAAUGUCCAAGAAGAUCUGUUUGACCAGAUCCUUGUUGGAAAGCUAGAUUUUCCUUCUCCAUACUGGGAUAACAUCACUGACUCUGCCAAGGAGUUAAUUAGUCUGAUGUUACAAGUAAAUGUGGAAGCACGAUAUACAGCAUCUCAGAUUUUAAACCAUCCCUGGGUGUCGGAUGAUGCCUCCCAGGAGAAUAAUAUGCAAGCUGAAGUAACAGGUAAAUUAAAGCAGCACUUUAACAACACACUACCCAAACAGAAUAACCCAACCGCAGGGGUUUCUGUCAUCAUGAACACAGCUCUAGAUAAAGAAAGGCAGAUCUUCUGCAACAAGCGCUGUCAAGAAUCUGGGCAAGCUGCUGGGGAGCACAACACCAUGAAAAAUGCUGCAGCUCUCAAAUCUUCUGUGGUUGGGCUCAAGGCACUUUGUCCUGCUGCUGCUUCUGAGCCACUUAAACUCUCCACACACCCCAUCUCAGCACAUCAUGAUGAUACUGCAGGAUUCAUGUAAACCAAGUCCACUGCUAAGUUGGAAAUCUAUCCUCCAAUAUGGUUUCUCAUCCCGUCCCUACCAUAGAUUGUCCACAUCAGUUUGAAAGAGAAUGAAACAGGUAGUAUACGCAGUAGUUUUUAGCACUCUGCUGGCAGUCCAGUUUGGAAAUUCUUGAUCUUUAAAAAAAAUCUUUAAAUAUAAUUUCAAACAACAUUGGAACCAUUAAUGAAUUAAUUUACUCUGCUGGAAAUCAUAUCUUAAUAGACAGUUAUUAAGACUUACCCAGCACGCUUUCUGCAACAAGCCCAGCAGAGGAGGAAGUGCUAAUCAUUCAUCUACUCAAUUUUGAAAUUUAAUUUCUGGCUUGGUCUUGAAAAGCAACUUCAUCUACAGACUGGACCUAGUGCACAAACUGCACUACUGAAAAGGCAGGGGGUGUGAAAGUGAGUGUGUGUGAAAGGGGUAUUGCUAAGUUCCUUUUGUCAAAUUAAAGUUUAAGUAAUAUGACUUCAACCCAUAUGGAAUUUGGGUACAGAAGUAACAUAAUCAAGGGGAAAUUUUUCAUAUGUAUGAAAACUGCAAUCAUGAAAGCCUUUUCAGACAUUGUUCUACUCAAAUUACCCCUUUCUGUGCAUCCCAUUCCUUGCCAGUACUGAUUACAAGCAACAAGAAUUGUUUGGAUGAGAAAGUAUGCUGCAUGUUGCAUAACCUACAAUGGAGUAUAUUUUGGCCAACUAAAGUGAUGAACUACAAGUCUAAAACAAGAAUGCUUCUGCCAUUUAUUUUCAUUAGACCCUGCUUUUAUUUCAGGAAGAGCCAACAUCAUAGAGAGCAGUGAUACUACAUAUGCAGUCAAGGGUAGAUGGAGUUGUAUCUUUUCUCUUAAUGCUUGUUUCAAUAUUGGAUGUAAUCUGCCUAUUUGUUUCCUUUUAGUCUUUUUUAACAACUCUACAUCAUUUUCUAUUAUCCUUUACUUCAUAUUAGAAUUAAUACCUGCAAUAAACAUUCUUCUUGAAA